AUGGCAGCUCAAUAUAACAAGUAUGCCUGGCAACAGGUUGAACAGGGGGUUUGGCAACGUUCUGUUGAUGAGAUUGAACAAGCUUAUGCUGUUUUGUCGAAGCUAUACGAAGGCAGCGGUCGAAUGUUUUUCGCCAUCACCGGUCACAUAUCACUUUCUUUCAACUCUCUUGACUCCCUUGACGAUGGCUCGGAUACACGCGUUGAUACGGCUCUGCGUAAGGCUUGGCUGACGCUUAGGCACGAUCACCCGACAAUUGCGUCGCAAGUGAAAUAUAAUGCGGGCAUGAAUAGCUUUACUAAGCUGUAUCGCACGAUUCCUACCAUAGCGGACCAGCAGGUCUGGCUCGACCAAACUUUUGUCAAAGUCUCGACGAACCAGACUGGCUCAGAAUGGGCAAACAACGACCCUCCCGCUCCAGAGCUUCCAACCUUGUUUGUUAUCACACCCCCCUCUUUGCCACGUGAGGGGAAUCGCCCUGGACUGAUCUGCCGCGACCUUGUUCUACGUUCUCCUCAUGAUGUUAUCGACGGUGUCGGCACUCUUCUUCUCUUGGGAAAUCUUGUUAAUAUUGGCUCGAAAGCCUACAACCAGGGAUCUUUGUUUCAGCUCCCCACAUUUGAUGAUGGCUCCGAGUUUGGCAAUAUGAGUCCACCCUUUCGCGUGGCGGCGAAUCUACCAAAAAGCCUGACGGAACGGCAGCAACAGCGAUUAGCAAACGUAGCAGCCUUGAAAGAACAACAGUUGGAGAGCAAUAUUCCUCUGUUACUUAUUCCAUGGAAGAAAGGGGAGGUUGUUCCCGGAAUGCACCAGCGGAUUGCCCUGACGAUUUCACAAGAGAAGACUUCGAAGCUGCUGCAUGCAUGCUCAUAUAUUGGUGUCACUGUAACACAUCUCUUCCAUGCUGCCAUUCCUAUCAUGAUGAGAGAUCUUCAAACCAAGGGCCCCAAACAACAGAGGGCCAGAUAUGUCAGCUAUAUCUUGCGGAAUGAGCGUGGAAACUGCACUGAGCCAUACAAUUCUGCAAAACAUCCUGCUGCAUUAUAUCACUCAGGAUCGGGAACGAGCCUGUUGGUGGAUAUUAACAUUCCGGCUACUGGUGAUAACAACACCUUAGAGCAGCACCGGGCGGAAUCUAAAGAAUUCUUCCGAGUUCUCCAAGAAAUGAAGAAAUUCUACCAUGAUAUCCGAGAUGAUGCAGAACAUUUUCAACUUGCACCAUACUAUUGGGCAGCUGGCACACGGGAGUUGCCACCGGCGGUGAAGGGUCCUUUAGCAGUGCCACCCCCCAGUGCUCAGCCAUCUGUAUCAAUUUCUAGCCUGGGCAUCGUUGACAAGAUCAUACCUCCAGAGGCUGGUGCUAUCUCCGUUUUCGAUCCAUGGGUAACAGGAGAAGAGCUUCGGAAUGGUCUUGGGUUUUUCUUAGGAACAUACAGAAAUCAAUUGUGCCUGAGCGCUGCGUACAACGCUGCAUGGCAUAGUAAGCAAGAGGUUGAAAAAUAUUUAGAAACUUGCGUGGAUGUUGUGUUCAGGGGGCUUGAGUCUUAUAUAUUCUAA